AAUACCUGUGAAGUCUUAAAAGAUAUAUUAACCAAUAUUAUUUUGCAAAGGUUGAAUGUGUUUAUAUUAUUUUGGUUGCCAAAUUCAAUUGAUGUUUAAAUAGUGGAGACUACUUGAUAUGUUUUGACUUUAGUUCACAUUUAAGCCUUGAUAAUUACAGUUUCCUUUAAACAUUACAGUCUGGAAGAUAUUACUGUGGAUUAUAACAGUUGACUGUAUUUAUUAUUUUCAUUAUUGUUGUUAACUCUCAGGUAAUAUUGUAUGUAUAUGGUGCUCUGAAUUACAUAAAUUGCAACUUAUGUUUUGAAACUUUAUAGUAUUCGCUUAUCCUUUUUACAUAGAAGGAAGAUAGCUCUAUACUCAGAGAGGCCUGACUAUUUCUGUGGCCUUUGCAAGAUGCUCUAAUAUACACAUUUCUUUUUAUGUUUUGAACCUUUAUAGUGUUUGUUUAUCUCUUCGACAUUGGAAACUGUAGUCUCCCAGGAAAUGUAGGAGAUUGCUAGGAUUAUUAGGAUCAAAGACCCACACUGUCUUUGUGUCCUAAGUUUCUCCAACUAGGGAAGUCCUACCGGUAUGAUGGUCACCCUACCCUUUGCAAUCCACCUGCCAUUGAACCGCAAUCUGACGGAGGCUCAAGGAUGAAUGGGAAAAGGGUGGGAGAGCAAGGAGCAACAGGACGAGGGAGGGAAUAUUAGGCUUAUGAAUAUUCCAGAGGCCACAUAUGUAGGGAUUGGGGAUUUGAAAGUCUGAUGAUGACAUAUUUUUAUAAUGACAUGCUCAUUGAGGCUGCUGAGUGGACGACACAAAGCCUGGGGAUCGUACCCUGCUAUUAAAAUUGGCUGGCCUUGUAUUUUUCCAGAUAUCAAGAUGAGCGAGAAUGUGGCCGAUUCCACAGACACACGGCACGAAGGCAGCCACCUAGAAGCAGGAAUUGAAAGGAAUGGCCUGGAUUUCAACAGACAGAUUAAAACAGAAGACCUCAGUGACUCUUUGCAAGCUGCCAUCCCCUCCAGGUCAAGUCAUCUCCCCCAAGGGCCAUCAAUGAUGCCAGGAGGGCAAAUUACAGGGGACAUGAGUUCUCUUCAUACUUUGCAGCAACUGGUGCAAGUCCCCGGCCAUGUACAGUCCGUCCCCUUUUUCCUGCUUUCGCAGAGCCAACAAGCCCUGCCAUCAAAUAUUCUCUCCUUCCCUCAGCAGCAGAGCGGUCUCCUCCUUCCCCAACAUGGACACAGCUUAACAUCUCAGACAGUGGGACGCCCCAGCCACCCUGGGUCUUCUUCACUGGAACCUCACAUGGAGGUCCCUCAACAUUUACAAGUUGCCAAGCACUUGCCCUCCUCCAUGGCCAACGAUGAAGCCAAUGACCUUGAGGAGCUCGAAAAGUUUGCCAAGACGUUCAAGCAAAGGCGAAUCAAACUUGGGUUUACUCAGGGCGAUGUGGGUCUUGCCAUGGGAAAGCUGUAUGGAAAUGACUUCAGCCAGACAACGAUUUCCCGCUUCGAGGCCCUGAACCUCAGCUUCAAAAACAUGUGCAAACUCAAGCCACUGCUGGAAAAGUGGCUCAGCGAUGCAGAAAAUUCCCCCUUGGAUUCUUCUGUCAGCAGCCCUGCCAACUACCCAGCCGUGAAUGAGAUGUUUGGGCGCAAGAGGAAAAAAAGGACCAGCAUCGAGACCAACAUCCGUUCCACUUUGGAGAAACGCUUCCAGGAUAACCCCAAACCCAGCUCAGAGGAGAUCUCCAUGAUUGCAGAACAGUUGUCCAUGGAAAAGGAGGUGGUCCGGGUUUGGUUCUGCAACCGGCGUCAGAAAGAGAAGCGCAUCAGCUGCCCAAUGCCUUCUCCCAUCAAAUCCCCCCUCUACAACUCCAGACUGGUUUCUACCUCAGGAUCUUUGGGUCCACUCUCUGUUGCACCUGUCCACAGCACUAUGCAUGGUACGGUUACAUCUUCAUGCUCUCCUGGCAGCUCCAGCCGGCCCCAGUCUCCAGGCACAGGGCUCCACUCCAACAGCCCCGGCAUGUCCCACAACAACUCCAAAGCAGCCAUCAAUUCAUCCAGCUUCAAUUCUUCUGGAUCAUGGUACCGAUGGAACCAGCCUACCUACCUCCAUUGAAGCUCCAUCUUCCAAAGAGCAAUGGCACCCACUUUUCUCUCCUCUGUAUACAAAGUGAGCCUUAACUUCUUCCUAUGGACCCACUUUGCUGGAGACAGUGGCUCAGGUGGAGGUUCAAGACGGCAGCACAAGUGCCUUCAACAAGCAACUGGUCUCAACUGGUGCAAGCUGGAUUGUCAAAGAGACUGAAACUGUGAUGGAUCCCAAGCUGUUGAGGGAUUUCAUGGCUGUAUGUUUUCUUGCCCACAGUCUUUAGGCAUUUCCUAAAAUGUUGUAAAUGAUACCCUGGCCAUAUUUAAUGGGUUGGGCCUGCUAUCUUCUUUCCCUUUUUAGCUCGUAACCUGUUGGCAGAUCAAAAUGCACCGGGCCAUCCAACGUCGCCUACUCAAACUCUUGGCUCUUUGGGUUGAUGCCCAGCAUCUGCUAGUGGGCUCUAUAUCAAAAGCUCAGUCAAUCCACUAUGGGUUUUAGUUCAGAUUUUAAAAAAUGUCCAAGGACUGAUCCUUACCUGCAUCAGGGACACCACUGACCACCACUGCUCAAUUCCUGUAGUUUCUGGAGAUCAAGAUAAACAUGAAGUUGAGCUCCAUCUAAAUGCUGUUGCCUCUAUUGAGUGAUCUCAAACCCAUGAAAGCAAUCAACCCAACUUCACAGCACACUAAUAUUUAUUUUUCUUACAUUUGGGGGGUGGGAUUUUUAAAUGGCUAUAACCUAUGGCCUAUGCAUUUGUUUUGGGUGUUCAGGACUUCUGAUCACUUUGGCCAUAUUGGACACAUACUAUUCCAUGCUGCAGCAGGAAUGGAAAUAAUAUUUAGACAUGUUCUCCUUGAUGAGAAAAUAUGCUUCAAUACCUAGGUAGAGCGAAUUGAAUAUAAUGUUCAGCCACCAUAGCAUGGGAGUUGUAGUUUUACAAGGCCAAAGCAGGUGAGUGUCUCACCCAACAACUACAUAGCAUUGAGUCAUGGCAGUUAAAGUGGCAUCAAUUUGCAUUGAUUCAACAGUGCCGAUACACCCAGAGUAGCUGAGCAUUGAUUUUUGUGCCCAGACUCAACAAUAUUUGCAAUAAAUGCAAAUAGUAAUGAUAAUAAUAAUAAUGACGAUGAUGGAAAAUGCAUAACUCUUUUAAUUGCAUCUCCUUGUUUUCUUGACUUUUUUGUUUUGUUUCUUGCAUACAUGAACAAAACAAACACUUUGCCUUUCUAACUCGGACUAGCCAAAUUAAGUGCCUUGUAGACAAUCCCCAGGAUCACUUGUACAAGCUCCGUUUUAGAGUUUCUGAAUAAGACCAAAGAAAAGCAGCUGCUUUUAGAGAACAAGAAAAAUCAAACCAAACUAUUCUCAAGGCUGUCAUGUUCUGUGUAAAUUCACAUUUUGGCAUUGCACACUUAACCAAGCUACCAAUAGUAGGUCAGACUUCCGGUCAGGUAGUAAUAAUUUAUUUCUCCAGAUAGAUAAUUAUGUGGCAGAUGGGAGAAAGAAGAAAUCAGAGACCAUGAAAUCCGUAGGGGAAAAAAAGGCAUGUUUUCCUUUCAGGUAUGACAAGGAGUUUGGGGAAAAGGUAGUUCACGUUGGCUUGGCGAUUCUAGGAGUUGUAGUCUGAAAAAUAACUCUUCCAGCCUCUUGUAAACCAGUGCCUAUGAUUCAAAACUAAGACCAUGCAUGGGAAAAAAGAUAGAUGAAUGUAAUGUAUAAUGCCUAGAUCCAUGGGAAGUCAUGCUAUGAAUCUAUUCUGCCUUGGUGAGACCACAGCUGGAAUCACACUAUGUCCAAUUCUGGACACCGCAAUUGAAGAAGAUGUUGACUCUAAGCUGGAAUGUGUCCAGAGGAGGGCGACUAAAAUAAUUAAAGGUCUGGAGAACAAGCCCUAUGAGGAGCGGCUUAAAGAGCUGGGCAUGUUUAGCCUGCAGAAGAGAAGGCUGAGAGGAGACAUGAUGAGGGCCAUGGAUCAAGAUGUGUGAGAAAGUCAUAGGGAGGAGUGAGCAAGCUUGUUUUUUGCUGCUGUGGAUGUGGGACAACGACUUCAAACUACAGGAAAGAAACAUUAGGAAGAACUUCCUGACUGUGAGAGCUGUUCAGCAAUGGAACUCUCUGCCCCGUGAUGUGGUGGAGGCUCCUUCUUUGGAGGCUUUUAAGCAGAGGCUGGAUGGCCAUCUGUCGGGAGUGCUUUGAAUGCAAUUUUCCUGCUUCUCAGAAGGGGGUUGGACUGGAUGGCCCAUGAGGUCUCUUCCAACUCUAUGUUCCUAUGAAAAAACAGUUCUCGAAGAAAAAAAUUAGCAGUCUUUCCCCUUUCAUUUUGAUGUUAGAAAACAUAUCAGAAAUCCAUUGCAGACAUGCUAUGUCUACCUUGGCUCUAAGGAAGAAUUUGUGCAGAAAACCUGAAAUGGACUGAUUUCUUGAAACAGAGGAAUCUCCUUCUUAGAACAAUUCCAAGGCAUAUUUCCUCCUUGGAGAUUUCCCCCUUUACUUCUUUGUAUUCACUUGUCUUUCAUAGAGAUUGUCGGAAUAUUAAAUUUGCACUCUUUGUUGGUAGCCUUUGAGUCAACCUGAUGACGGCACCUUCAUGUGGAUUCCAAAAUCAGCAAAACAUUAUGACAACACUUUAAAAACAUUGGCCGGAAUCUUAUACGGAAGUGACAUCUCCAUAAGUGGACUUACGUAUAUGGGAAUUGGACAGAUCCAUAAUGCAUGUAUCCGGUAGAAGGAUACUAUUACGUUACCGUUCUAUUAAUAUGUAGUUACUAAGUAGCGGAGCCAGCAAAAUGACUCUUACACAACAAGACUAAUAAAGAACAGGAUUAAUGCACAAUGGAAUAAUAGAUGCACAUUGGGCAUCCAUGCACCCAUAGCAUUUUUUCCAUGAUCCUAAUGUGCAUCUUUGCAAUUCCUAACAGAGUUUCUUUGUGCCUCUGCUGCUUAGCUAAUUAUUAUACGUGAAGUUGCCUUAACUAAAAGUGAUAUAGCAUUCUGGCGUUCUGUUAUUGUCUGCACUGGGUUUCCAGCAACCAAACAAAAGGCCAUGUGUCUCUCUGGGGUUGUGAUGUCUGUUAUUUGUUUUGGGGGGAGAUUUGCUGCAUCUGUACAUAGCUUCUCUUCCCUUGGCCCCCCGUUUCUUGUAAGCUUCACUGUUCUCCCCUUGGGAGAGCAGUUUGUAUAACUCAGGUGUGAAUUUUGAAGAUUUUAUGUGUGUCUUGUUUGGAUUUCAUUAAAAUCAAUUUAAAAUGCUA